AGACAAAUGAAGAAAAUUCAAGAAAAAGAACUGUAGAUUUGGUAGAAGAAACAGAAAAUAGUUUAGAAUCAGAAGAAGAACAUGCAACAAAUAGUUCUAACUGGCAAUCUUCAACUAAAAAAAAAUCUAGACAGAAAGCAGAAAAAAAUCAUGAGCAUUAUGAAGCUACUUAUUAUUAUUAUAUUCCUAAAAAAUCUUGGGCAAGAGGAAAACCAGCAACAUUAGAAGCAUAUUUGGCAAAUAAAUGCUCUAAUUCCUUACCAAAUCAAAUAGCAAUAAUAUCUCAUUUUUUAUCUGAUUAUCUAUUACCAAAAGCUGCAAUUAAUCGACUUGAUAAAAAAAUAAUUAAAGUUUGGGUAAUAGCAGGAAUUCCUUUUGAAGUUAUCAAAAAUCUGUUUAUUAAAGAU